UUUACUGAAAUGGAUAGUUCUUUGAAAGAAGAUCCUCAAGUGGUUUUAGAAAAGUUUCACCAACUCAUAAACUCUGGUUGUCAACAAUGGGAUAGGAAUGGCUUGAACACUUUUCUUGAUACUUAUUUUCAACCACCAGGUUCGGAUACCAUCCGUUUCCAAGUAGAACAAAGUGUUCCCAAUUGGUUCGACUUGCAACUUGAGUUAAAAGAAAACUUUGCGGCUAUUCUAAAUAGGGUAAAAGACGAUCAGAGAGAUUCUGUUCUUUCCUGGGUAACUUAUCUCUUCGAUUCUUGGCGAUCUCUUUGUUUACAGGUGCAUCCACAAGUCUAUGAGCAUCCAUCAAGGUAUACGUUGAUUCCUUGGAAGAAGCCUAUGAUUGUAGCUGGAGGUCGUUUUCGAGAGUUUUACUAUUGGGACUCUUAUUUCAUCAUAAAGGGUUUGUUGAGUUGUGGACUAUUUACUUUAGCUAGAGAUAUGGUGGAUAAUCUGCUCGAUAUGGUGUUCAAGUUUGGUUUUGUUCCCAAUGGAGGUCGUAUUUAUUACCUGAACCGAAGUCAACCUCCUCUCUUAAGCGAUAUGGUUGCCAUUCUUGUAAGAAAUUGGUGCGACGAUAACCCAAGUUUGCUCACAUUUCUUCAUCGUGCUCUACAAGGACUAGAAAAGGAAUAUGAAUUCUUUUCCAAUUAUCGUUCAGUGUUUAUAGGUGAACCACCAAGAAUGCUCAAUCGAUAUAUUGUGAACACAUCUGAACCUAGACCAGAGUCUUUCUGUAGCGACAUGCGUUUGGUGAAAACAUUAUCUGAAGAGCAACAAAGAGAACAGUGCUUUUGUGGAUUAGCAUCAGCAGCUGAAAGUGGUUGGGACUUUUCUUCUCGUUGGUUUGAAGAUGGAUGCCAUCUUCAUACCAUUUGUACUCAAAAUAUUAUACCUGUAUGUCUGAAUAGCAUUUUACUUAGAAUGGAGUAUCAAAUAAGUAGUUUGUAUCAGAAUUAUCUGUUACUCGACUCUAUGGAACCCUUAUCUUUAGAUACCAAGAACCAAUUGGAGCAACGUAUUGUCUGGUUCAAUCAACAACGUUCUAUUCGUGCACAAGCCAUGAGACAUUUUCUAUGGGAUAAGCAUUCUCUUCAAUGGAAAGAUUAUGAUAUGAAAAGGGAACAAUGGACUCAAAGACAAUUUUCUUCUUCUGCUAGCAACUAUCUACCUCUUUGGUCACAUUCAAUAGAAUACUUGGUUUCUAGUCAAGAAGAAGCCAAAGGAAUUGUAGAAAGUUUUUCGAAUAGUGGAUUGUUGCAGAGUGGUGGUGUCCUGACAACUACUUUUGAGUCGGGUCAGCAAUGGGACUCUCCUAAUGCUUGGCCUCCAUUACAGGAUAUGUUAGCUGAAGGGUUUCUUGCAUUGGAAACAUUUGCACCUGGUUGUGGAGCCCUACAAAUAGCAUCUAAAAUAGUCACUCGAUAUAUUCAAUCUAGUUAUCAUGGCUGGUAUGCAACUGGAUAUAUGUAUGAAAAGUACAACGGUAUGUUGAAUAGUGGACAAAGUGGAGGAGGUGGAGAAUAUAAACCACAAAUUGGGUUUGGAUGGACAAACGGUGUAGCUUUGUACUUUUUACGUCAUUACGCUGGAUUGAUUGAUUCUCAAAUAUUUUCAUAAAAAGAAAAAUAUUUGAUAAUAUAAUGAAAGAUUCGAAUUGUAUUUUGCCUAGUUAUUACACCAUAUCUUUGUUAUAUGUCAUCAAAGAGUAUUCAAAGACUCUGUUCAGAGUGUUUCUGAACUUGGUAUUUGAGAAUGGCGUAACCAAACAAAGUAAACUAGGCAAUAAUAAUAUAUAUAUAUAUAGAAGGAGUGCAUAGUACUUGAUUUGUCGUUUCUCUACCAAGUCAAGUCUCCAAAGCUCCCACACGCAGUGUAUAGCGAUCGUUUGACGUGUCUCUAUCUGUAACAUUUGUUGUGCUGGUUGCAUCCAAUGAAUGGCGCAGAAACACGUGAGAAAAUACGUAGUUUGUAGUCGAAGAAAUAAAGUUAGACACGACAAGGAUUCCUGUUCUUCUUGGCUUAAAGGGAAAUGUCCCAAUCGCUCCUGAAUCAGACACGUUCUCUCACAUUGUGCUUUGAGACUAUUUUUCAAAUUGAUGAUUUCGGUUGGUGGCGGAGUUGGUUUGAAUUUUAUACACCGAAGAUAAAAAAAAUACGACUUGUUAUUUUUCGAAUUGUUGCGAUUCAACACAAUAUUUUGUCGACACGCUUCCGUUUCUGUUGUUGUGACGUAGUAAUACCAAGAGACUUUUUAUAGUGUAAAGUUGCGCUAGUUUGAUAGUUUUUUUAAAAGACGACGUUGCUUAUUUUGGAG